AUGCAGAAAUCGGUGAAGGAGGAACCUUCGUUCGAAACACUAUUUGGUGCUUGUCUCCUUGAAGUCGUAGUCCCGAACACUUCGGUAGAUUUUCCGAAGCGUCAGGAUCUGGUCGAUGACUGGUUGACUGCCUUGCAAGAACGCCAGGCAGACAGGAAACAUGCAUUCUUCGACGAGCAACUUCGUCUCUUCCUUAUAAUUAAGAUCAAUCUACCACCGAAUUCACCUCAUGAAAGCCGUGGUCUGCCGCCGCCUUUGGUUCAUUUCCUCCGGCAUAUCCAGGUGUCCUUGGAUGCUACAUACAUCUCUCGCAAUAACCCUCGUCCGACAUCGCUACAUCCUUCUAUCUUCCCCCCGACGACCCCGAACCCUAUCCCUUCUACAGCGGAAGCUGACAAAAAGUACGUGCAGUCGGAGGGCGCGUUACUCCAUUCCAGCAUAUGGGGACAGGACCCUGCAGAACAUUCAGGGGAGAAGUUUGCUGUCUUCUUCUCACAUUCACGAAGGGAAUGGGUCGCUGUUUACCGACUUUUCUUAAAUGUGUCGUUUCUACGCCUUCCCUUCACUGAUCCUUUGCUUUGUUUGACAAUCUCUGCCACUCUGCGCGAAAAGCCGUUGCCUUUAUCGCAGACGAGACACCCACUAGUAGCCUUUCUGCUGCAAGAGGAUAUGAUGCCGUGGCAAGAUGUUAUUGCGCACAGGCCAUCUAUUGAAUCCGAUGACCCUCUUGAUAUGGACUACGAGUUAAAUACACUGAAAGAAGUAAAUCUUCUUGACGGGCUCGCUACCGGGUCAAGUCAUUCGUCGGAAUCAGAACUUCUCGAUUUACCAUCAACUCGACUAGGAGACGUAACUCGUCGGCAGCUCUUUUGCUUACCUCCCGUUUUCUCGUUGGGGCGGACUUCUCAGGGUAUUAACACCGUGCGAGGUCCUCACCACGUGCUGCGCAAGUCCUUCCGAGUGGUUCUAGAAAUGGCGUCCGGAUUCCGUGUUCGCAUGCGUACAGUCUUCGCUCCCCAUAUACUGCUUCCAAUGGAUCAAUCAACUUUAGAAAACGUCGUCAAAAAUGGAGACGAAGAGUGGGAAGCCGGAAAUAGCGAACGCACUAUUGUCUUGUGUAUCGAGAUCGAGAACUCUGGAGAGUAUGAUUCGGACGUCGGGUUUUCCUUGGAGAGAGUGGAUGUCAAGAUUGGAGGGGAUGGAGCCAUCACAAAGCUCGUGGGUUGGGGAGAAGCUGCCCGCCAUUCCAAUUCAGACGAACGGACAUUUCCCCUCUUUCUGAAACCAAAGGAACAAUACAACCUUCUCUACAUGGUGUCAUUUCUGAAUGCUGACAACCAGGAUGACAUCUCCUUCACAGCUCCGUCUGCGAAGCUUGGUGUUCUACAGAGAGCCGUGACGAUAUCAGUCCAUGGGAGGCCUUACAUAUCUAACUUUCUUCUGGAUGAAGGAAAAGGCUCUAAUGUCUUGACUUACCUGACGCGUGCAUUUUCAUCGAGAUGGAAUUGCAUCCUGGAUAUGUCCUCCAGACCACGCGAGGGUGCAGCUCAAUGGCAGGGGUCGUCCAGUGGCACUCGAAGUGCUCUUCCGGAGUUACCAUCCCCAUUCCCCGGUGCCUUCCCAUCUGCUAUUGUUCCACCUCCUACUACGAGGCCGGUACCACAAGCCGUCGCAGGCAAGCGGUUAACCAUGCAGAACAAUAUAACGGCCCUCCACACAGCUGGCCCUCUCUCCUCCCUACCUCGUGAUCAGAGCAGUUUUCCGAUCUCCGUAAAUCAGACUCCGCCUUCUGUUUCUCUGCAAAGGUCUUCCGACUUUCCGCACCUGACUUCUAGUGUACCGCCUCCAACGCCGGCAAUGCGUGGACUGUCUGAGGCACGUCCGCAAGGCAUUGCGGCGCCAGCGACCCCUGCCUUGACUGUUGGUCAGGGAGUGAACAGCAUAUCUGGUUUAAUGGGCAGUCGGCAAGGAAUCUUUCGGGCCAGCACCAGUAUCGAAUCCCGAACGGAACAAGAUUCAUUUGUUUUGCACACCACCUCACCUGCAUGCAUUGGAAGGUCGAAUGCCACCGGAGACGCUCCAAUCUCUUCAGUAGAACCUAUCAUUGUUUCCCUGGAUAUUUUCGUUUUUAACCAAAGCUCGUGGACUAGACGAUUCCAAGUCAGUUACCCGAAUGCGAACCUCGACCAACGAAGAAAGAUAGUGCAAGACAGGGUGAACAUGAUUGCCCUUGAUGAGCUGAAGAGCACUGUCAUCCCCCCUGGGAUAUUACCUUUGCAGAAUCGCGUUAGGGUUGGUCCACUCAAACCUUCGACUUGUCAAUCUGUUCGUCUGGACUUCCUCGCCCUCUCUCCUGGUGUACAUUCGGUCAACUUGACAUUGGUUGACGUAGAAACCGGAUACUUGAUGAAUCUGCGGUCAGCAAUCGAUAUCGUCGUUCACGAGGCUUGGGGGAUAGGUAGAGAGAUCCAUCUCAGCCACAUGCAAGUCAAAACAGAUGUAGAAACUGCGUAG